AUGGAAAUAGAGUACUGGCCAAAAGGAGGUGCUAUGACCGACUACUUGAUCCAUCUGGACGCUGAUUUAAAGACGACUGGGACCGGUCGGUUGAAAAAAGCCAAAGGGAAAGGGAAAGUCACCAAAGGCCUCCUCCUGGGUGUCUCGGUGACGCGAGCAAUGACGAAGCCGAGUGCCAAGUUUGGUCCCGCCGAAGCCGACCGGUUGUUGCGCAAGAAACUGAAGGGAGUAGUCGAUUCGACACUCACCAACAAGGAGGGAUGGAGCAAACAGGUAGAUUGCACCAUUCCAUUCGGAUUACUAUAG